GCGAUACGGGGAUCAAGGGUGAAUUAUCUUCGACUUUAUAAGUUGACUAGUCCUGUGCAGGGUAAGACAGACAGUAGUUGUAUUUUCGCCAGCCAGCGUUAAACAACUAUAGAAUGCCCCAACCAAGUCAUGUCACGCUGUUGGACCCAUCGCAACAGCUUCGACCCGAGCCAAUAUAUGACGGGAAGCUGCAAAGUCAAUUCCGCAGUUUUAAUGAAGAUCUCGAUGAUCCCAUCAGUAAACGUGUCGAAAAAACAUACAAAGAGAUGCACACCAAUCAAACCGUCGAUUUCGUAAAAUCUCGCAUGAAAGAUUGGCUUCAGUUUAAUAAAUCCAAAAUGACGGUGAAAGAUGCCCUUCUCAAACUGAACGACCUCAUAGACGAAAGCGAUCCGGAUACGGACAUGCCUAAUAUCGUCCACGCAUUCCAAACCGCGGAGUCUAUCAGAGAGAAGCAUCCGGAUUUGAGCUGGUUUCAUCUUACCGGCUUAAUACACGAUCUUGGCAAGGUGAUGGCGUUUUAUGGAGAACCCCAAUGGGCAGUGGUAGGUGACACAUUUCCCGUCGGAUGUGCCUGGGGUGAUUCUAUUGCCUAUAGAAAGACAAGUUUUAACAAUAAUCCCGAUGGCAAAGACCCUCGUUACAACACAAAAUAUGGCAUGUACAAACCUAAAUGUGGAAUAUCCAAUCUGAUGAUGUCAUGGGGCCAUGAUGAGUACUUGUACCGCUUACUCGUCCACAACAAGAGCAAAUUACCGAAGGAAGCUUUAGCUAUGAUUCGCUAUCACUCUUUUUAUCCUUGGCAUGCUGGCGGCGACUAUAUGUACUUCUGCACCCCGGAAGAUCUCGAGAUGUUGAAAUGGAUAACGGAAUUUAACAAAUUUGAUCUUUACACCAAGAGCGGUGGUGUCCCAGAUAUUGAGAAAUUGUGGCCUUAUUAUGAGAAAUUAAUCGAUGAAUACAUCCCCGGAGUAAUCGAAUGGUGAUCCUCUUCUACAGGUAUAGAGAACGAGCCGAGAGAUUAUACGUAAUUUAUACGUAAUUUUAUUCGUAUUCAUAUAUCGUAUAUAUAAUAUUUUAUUCGUAAUUUAUACGGUAUUUUAAAUGACGCUUUUUAUAUGAAAAUAAUAUAAACUAUUUUAUCAUUAAACACAUGUAUUUACACAUAAGACUUUUAGAAUUUAAUAUUUAAUUUACGAUAACAUUUUAUUUUCUUAAUAUAAAAUAAAAUGUUUAUACCAAAUCUCUAAGCUAAUCUCAUUAAAAUAAUGUAUUG